GUGGACGAAAUAAUGAUGACGUCACAGUUUUGACACCUUUCGCUGUGCGAGGAGAAAAUGUUUCUGUGCACUUUUCCACACUUUUCGCAGCAUUUUCCGUGAUUUUCCCUGAAUUUCCCGUUGAAUUUGUUUGUCCAGGAAGUGCAAGACGUCACGUGGGCAUGGCAGCAAAGCGAUCAAGUUCAUUCCGGGAUGAGAGACAUGCCCUGGAUGAGCCCCCAAUGUCUCGGUUAUUUGUUGUGUGUGGGAAGGAUCACACCGAGGAGGAAUUCACGAAGCUCUUCCAGCCCUAUGGGAAUGUGGAGGAGGUGUGGAUGGUGAAGGAUAGGAACACGGGAGAGAGUAAAGGGGUAGUCUAUGUGAAGUUCAGUAAAACUUCCGAAGCUGCCCUGGCCCUGGAGGCACUCAAUGGAAAAGUUCUCGUGAAUGGGGAGCGCCCCAUUAAAGUCCUGGUGGCUUCAAAUCGUUCCCAGGGCACACGGAAGGCAGCUGAUGAGAAUGAAAAAUGCGUCCGGCUGUUUGUUCUCAUCCCACGGACAAUGAAUGAGGAUGAGCUGCAGGAAGAAUUUAGCCAAUUCGGUGAGGUGGACUACGUGACAAUCAUCCGGGAUAAGGCCAGCAGGGAGACAAAGGGAUUUGCUUACGUAAAGUUCAGAAAGUUCUCAGGUGCAGCAAAUGCCUUUGAAAAUUGCGAUCGCAAGUACAAAGCCAUGUUUGCGGAACCGAAACCCCAGAAGAAUGAUAUGAUUUCUUCGCAUGAUUCCCUCAUGAAUUGCCCCAAUGUGAAUCGUAGAAUGUCCGGAAGUGGAUUAAUUCCGCCACUCUUCAGUGAGCCCCCAAGUGGCCUAAAUCGACCCAUAUCAACACAAGAAUCUACACUCAAUGUGAUUUGCAGUUCGUUGAUCAAUCAAGAUCAACUUUGGCGUCUCUUUGACAUCAUUCCCGGCCUUGACUAUUGCCACAUUACGGGGGAGUUUAACAGGAAUUCAAAUUGUGCCAUUGUUGCGUAUUCCAAUUCAAAUUCCGCCUCAUAUGCACGAGAAAAGCUGCAUGGUUUUGAAUAUCCCAUGGGGGAGAGGUUAAUUGUGAAGGGUGGUGCUGAUGCGGCACCUAUUCCACCACUAGUGCCGCAGAGUGAAUCCCAGGGGGAUAUUCAGUGCUCUGUUCAGUUGCCACCUGUACAGCCACUAGCUGGUUCAUCGGCCACCGUUGCACAGCGUUGUUUUAUCGUCUGCGUGUCGCAGGCAAUUCCUGUUCAAAUACUCCGCAAUGUUUUUUGCCGCUUCGGGGACCUGAUUGAGGUUUACUUGUUGCCAAACAAAAAUUGUGGCUAUGCUAAAUUUGCACGUGAGGAAAGCUGUCGAAAGGCCAUUGAGAAGCUAAAUGGAGCCGAAGUCUAUGGGGUUCGCUUGAAAGUCAUGGAAGCCGAAGAGCUGAGCGAUAGAAAAAGGCAGCGACGUGAUGAUUAGAGAAUGAUGAGACACACUGAUGACGACAAUGAAGACGCAUGAACGCACAUAAACUAAAAAAAUAUUUAACGUAUUGAUGAUUAAAUUAAAAAAAAACGGACAGACCGCAACAUAAAACCUUAUCCAGUAGGAAAACAUUUUAUAUCAUUAUCCUGACAUUUUGAGUGUGAAACGCACAAAAUUCUUGACACUGACGACAAGGAUGUGAGUCACAUGAUUAAUAAAAUUGGACAUUAAUUGGUGGGAUUAAUUUUCUCUCUUAUUUUUAAUUUAAUUGCAAAACAUUUAAUUCUCGAGAGAAAUUUUAAAUUGUGCAAAUGAUUUUAUUAUAGUGUGUGUGCAUGAAAAAAUACUCCACCUAAUUUCUCUCACGCCGAAGAGCAAUUUGCAAAGCAAACUUGAGAUGGUGUGGGAGGAAAGGGAAUAAGUAUUUUUAUUAAUGUAUUUUUUCCCUUUUAAAACUUGUACAACAGGUGUUUGACGUAAAAUAAAUGGAUGAAAAUUUUA